UCUCGCCCCCAGCCGCCGCGAUGGAACUUAGUGCGGAGUACCUCCGGGAGAAGCUGCUGCGAGACCUGGAGGCGGAGCACGUGGAAGUGGAGGACACGACCCCCAACCGUUGUGCAUCUAGCUUCCGAGUCCUGGUAGUGUCGGUCAAGUUUGAAGGCAAGCCACUGCUUCAGAGACACCGGCUAGUAAACGCAUGUCUAUCGGAAGAGCUCCCGCACAUCCAUGCCUUUGAGCAGAAAACGCUGACUCCAGAGCAGUGGGCCCGUGAGCAGCAGAAAUAAGACCAAGACCAGCACAGCCAUUAAAUUAUGAAUCAGGGCCA